UCUGUCUCUGCUGGUAGGGGCAGAAGCCAGAAGCAACCCCGAGUUGAUGGAGGAGCCGAGGGGGUCCGGGGUUCGCUGGCGCAUCAACAGUUAGGGAGAGGCUGGAGAGUGAAGAUAGAUGAAGUGAGGGAGCGCGGGGUUCGGUCUCGCCUUUGCCGGCUCCGACCCCCUCCCGCUGUGAGAGAGCGGCUCCCGUGCAGACCCCGGUCCUGUGGACUCUGGAUUUUUCGCCCUUGUAAGACCCUGCGGGAGCAGGGGUUGGAUCAAGUAACUGCAUCCAGACUAUGGGGGAAAUGAAAUCAUGGAGAAUUUGCCCCUGGAGAGAGGCGAGCAUUACCGAGGAUCUAGGGUGGGCAACCGAUGAUGUUGUGUGGAUGAGAGAGGAGGUAACGCCUCUGUGUAAGUGAGGAGGUAGGUGAGAAAGGACCAAAAGUUCCCCCAUUUUAUCACAGCAAGUCCCAGAGCUGUUGAUCUGGAUUCUUCGGUGCAGACAUAGGCUUUCAGAGCUCCUUUCUCCUUCCCAAGUCUUACUAUUUCAGCAUUCUGCCUAUCCCUGUGAAGAGGAAGAUCAACCAAAUUCCAGGGCUCUCUCCCAACCCACAUCAGUGCUAUGACUGAGGCUGGGGAAGAGCAAUCAGUGUCAGCAGAGGCCUCAGGGUUCUCCGACUUCAGUGAUUCAGAAUUUCUAGACUUUGUGGACCUGGAAGAUACCCAAGAAUCAAGUUCUUCACUUAGCAAACCUGGCCCUUCUUCUGAACUCCCUGGGAAGGAUGACAAGUUCGCCGACUUACCAAAGAGGAAAAGAGAACAGGGUAUCUCAUCACCCAUGGAGCGAUUCCACCUUAAAUAUUUGUAUGUCACUGAUCUGUCUACCCAGGAUUGGUGUGAACAGCAAAUGGUAUAUAAGAAGGAGCUUCCUGGUUUCUUGGCACCCGAGAAGGCUGCUGUCUUAAACACUGGUGUCAGCAUCCACCUAGCUAGAGAACUAGAAGUUCAUGAUCUUGUGACUAUUUCCAUCACCAGUAAAGAGGAUUCUUGGGCAGUUAAGUUUCUGAACAUAUUAUCAAUGAUUCCUACCCUGCAGUCAGAAGGUCGCAUCAGAGAGUUCCCAGUGUUUGGAGAAGUAGAGGGCGUGCUGCUUGUUGGAGUGAUUGAUGAGCUGCACUAUACAGACAAGGGGGAGCUGGAAUUGGCUGAACUCAAGACACGGAGGCGCCCUGUGCUUCCUGUGGAAGCACAGAAAAAGAAAGACUGUUUUCAGGUCAGCCUAUAUAAAUACAUCUUUGAUGCCAUGGUACAAGGGAAAGUGACCGCUGCUAGCCUAGUCCGCCAUGCAAAACUGCAUCCAGAAAAACCACUGGGGCCCUCAGUGCUGAGACAUGCCAAGCAGGGAGGCUUUUCUGUGAACUCCUUGGGUGACCUCAUGGAGCUGGUCUUCUUGUCUCUGACAUUGUCUGACCUCCCAGUUAUCGAUAACCUAAAGAUCGAGUAUAUCCACCAAGAGACUGCCACUCUGCUGGGUACAGAGAUUGUGGUCUUUGAAGAGGAGGAGGUGAGGAGCAAGGUGCAGCACCAGAUGGCUUAUUGGGUGGGCCACCGAGAACCUCAAGGGGUUGAUGUGGAAGAGGCGUGGAAGUGCCAGACAUGUAGCUAUGCAGAUAUCUGUGAGUGGAAGAAGGGUGGCUGGGCGCUCAGCUCCACCGUAGAGCCUCAAGCCAAAAAAGCCAAAUGAGCAGAAGGUAUGCCUUCAGAGAUUUGGAUCUCUUUAGUGUACUCAGCAGAGUUAAAGAGCUCAUUUUCUGAGCUUGGCUUCCAUUCAAAUUUCUUCACCUUCUAACCACACAAAUCCAGGACUAAGAGUCAGGGAUAAGGGGGAAGAUCUGGGAUUCUACUAUCCCUGGAACUUCAUCAUUGGUUGACAAGAUGACAGAUGAUCAUCAUGACUGGGGAUAAGGUAUCCUUCCACAAUCAUUGUUUUCCUAAAAAGAUUCUUUAGUUUCUGAGAAGUCUCCUUCCUACUUUUUUCUCAAGCAAGUCUUUGUUUUAUGUAAUUACACAAAAUGAAAUGCUGCCCAAGUCAUUUGAACUGAUGGCUUUUUAAAUGAUUUUACACCUUCAAAGACACCCACUAUAAAUAGUUGCAUAUGUGUUAUUCCAAGCUUUUACAUAUAUACAUAAACACAUUUCUAAAGCAAAAUUAAUGGGAUGACUGACCAAGCAUUUAAACAUAAUCAAUGUGUACAAAGAAAUAAAGGAAAAUAAAGUAGCAACAGUAAGAUAUAAAACAUGAAAUUAUUAGCCAUGAAAAUACGAUAAAUGAAUUAACCUGUGUCAUUUAUACACUGUGUAAUCUAGUAAUAUCAAUGCUUAUACAGAUACAACAGGGAAUUCUUAUUCAACAGGAAAUAUGAACAAGAAUAUACUUUAUAGCUCUUUCACAAUAGCAAAUCCCAAACCAAGAACUACCUAGAUGCCCAGCCUCAGAAGAGGGGUAUGAUAUACUGUGGACAGAUAAGCUGCAAUGACAUGCAACAAUAUGGAUAACUCUUACCACAACAAAAAAUAAAAAAGCAAUCUCCAGAGGUUACAUAUAGUAACCUUUUUAUAAAGUCAAAAGUAACCUUCAGAAAAAUGUAAGGAUAAUGGAGAGGAAUGCUGGUCUGUCUCAGUAGGCAGUGGAGCCCUUACCUGCAAAUAUCAACAAAGAGGCCCGAAGAAGGUAUGACGUUGACAUCACCCCUCAUUUUUUUUAGCAAUGAAAAAGUAUUCCAUUGCAUAUAUAGAUUGUUGUUUAUCUAAACAGGUCUCUAUGUACUUAGGUUACUUUUUAUCUUUUUUUUUUACUACAAACACUGUGUAUAUACAGUAGAAACUAAAUAUUACUCUCACAAACACAUCUACUAAAUCUGAACGCCAAGAUAAUCAUUUAUAGGAAAUCAAUAAGAUUCUUCAAAAUGUUUUUGUUUUCUUUUUUUUUCAAAAUGUUUUUAUGGGUAUGUGAGCAUACUAAAGUAUAAAACAAAUAUGUGUGCAUUGGAGUGUAUAUGAUUGGACACAAAUCUUCUGUAACAUGUUUGUAUCAGUCAAAUUUUAUAGGGUAUAUAUUUUCAUGUAUUAACAGCUGAUAAUAAAUUG